AUUGGCGGAAUAUUUUGACUUUUGUACAGUGUAAGGUACAUAUUGUUGGGAAACCUACGGUACUUGUGACUAGUUUUACUCUUUUAGGCAAACUGCACAGGGACAGAGGAUGGGUUUGGAUGAUAACAUCGAAAACAAUGAACCUCUAAACCAUUGUUGUAAUACUGAAGAUGAAGAGAAAACUUCUAGCAAGUUUUCACCGAAGAAAAUGAAGAUAGAACACAGUGGCAGCAAAGAAAAGGAAUGGCAUGAAGAAUACUUAUAUCUUGAUCAGAUUAGUCGCAUUAUUGAGAAUGGUCACCAGCGCUUGGAUAGAACUGGUACCGGGACUUUGUCAGUUUUUGGAACACAAGCUAGAUACAAUCUCAGAAAUGAUACACUGCCCUUGUUGACUACCAAAAGGGUCUUCUGGAGAGGAGUUCUUGAGGAGUUGCUCUGGUUUAUUAAGGGAAGUACAGAUGCAAAAGAACUUUCAGAAAAAAACAUUAAUAUAUGGGAUGCUAAUGGAUCUCGACAGUUUCUUGACAGCCUAGGAUUCACAGAAAGAGAAGAAGGAGACUUGGGUCCAGUAUAUGGCUUUCAGUGGAGACACUUUGGUGCAGAGUAUAAACACAAAAACACUGAUUACAGUGGAGAGGGUAUCGAUCAACUUACCCAAGUGGUUAAUUUGAUAAAACAUGAUCCUUACAGCAGAAGGAUCAUAUUAACUGCUUGGAAUCCUACUGAUCUUGGAAAAAUGGCUUUGCCUCCAUGUCACUGUUUGGCACAAUUUUAUGUUUGUGAUGGUGAACUAUCUUGUCAACUCUAUCAGCGUUCUGGAGACAUGGGUCUUGGUGUUCCUUUCAACAUUGCCAGUUAUUCAUUUCUGACAUACAUGAUUGCCCAUAUAACAGGUUUGAAGCCAGGAGAUUUCGUACAUACUAUUGGAGAUGCCCAUGUUUACUUAAACCACAUUGAUGCUUUGAAAAUACAGUUGAAUCGAAAGCCACGGCCUUUCCCAAAGUUGUACAUCAGAAGACAAGUUGAAAAAAUUGAUGAUUUUCGCUAUGAAGAUUUUGAGGUGGUUGAUUACAGCCCCCAUCCUAAGAUAAAGAUGGACAUGUCCAUCUGAUAUUUUGAUCUUUUUUCUUUAACACAGGUUUUAUUUCAAUGUAUCAUAGAUCUUGAUCAUAAUCCGUAAUAUACAGAAUAUUUGGUGCGUUCAUACUGUUUUUUAUAACUUUCAUUUAAUAUUCAGGUGGUACCUCAGGUUUCAUGUUUAGUCUCCCUUUGUAUCAUUUUAUUUUUAAUAUUUCGAUCUGAAAGAUUAUUCAUUUUUAUUAAUUUUGUUUUGUUUUUUAAAUUAAUUUUGAUCAAUUUUGUCCACACUAAUAAUAAUAACAAUAAUUUAAUUUUAUAAAUUUUUGGUAUGGUAAACUUUGUAAAUUAGUUUUUGUUUUGUUUUUCAUUGUAGAUACAAACCAGUACAAAUAAAAUGUAAAGUCCGUACAAAAACAUCAGUUUUAUAUUUUAUUGCUGCAUUCAUAUACUUUUAACUUUUCAUCAAAACUAAUAUUUCUAUAGCAGUAAAAGUGCAUAUUUUAGGAACAAGAUAUUGAAAGGUGAAAACUUUUUUUCAAGGAGCGUAAGACAAAUUUUGGAUGAGAAUUUGUUGUGAAAAUUUCAUUUUGUAUUAGGAAGUUACACUUGUAUACAUCGUGAAAUAAACGUACUUAAUAAGCUGUAUUUUAUUAAAGAACACCAAUAAAAGAAUAAAUUACUA